CAAAUAAAUCCCCAUUUGCUAUAAAUACGUGUAAUUAAAUGUAGGAAACUUAUGUACGGAACAUUAAAAUCAUCUUGCUACAAGUCACAUGCAUAAUAAAUUGUGUUUUCAUGAAACAAACAUGCAAAAAUCGAUACACUAUUUUACUGUUUACAAGGUUCACCUGAGGUUACAAGGUUACACACUAAUUUGCAUAAUCAAUAAACAAAUCGCAAUGUGCAAAUGGCGGCUGAUGUACGAAAAAUCUACAGCAUGUUAAUUAUGUCCUAUUAUACAUAAAUAAAUAAGGAUGACACUGUGAAACCUGAAUGAAUAGAACAGUGAAACCAUAUCAUAUGGAAUUUGAAUAAGAAAGCAUUUUGUAGAUGGAGUGCCAUCAGAGCGCUAUCCAGACCCCAUGCCUGCCCUGUCACAUGACAAAAUAACACCUUGUAGAAAACGUCCAACUCAGAGAGCUUAUACUACACAUACAUUUAGUGCACCAACCUGUAAGAAAAGGCUGAUCGACACAGAUAUGUCAUGUGCAUUAACUCAAGGUGAAUUGGUACAAGGACCUUUAGAUUCAUUGGCAGAAAAGAAUAUUGAUGUGUCAGAUGUAGAAAACAUAGAUCCAAUUGAAGAUAAAAGUUUCUAUGGUGUAGACCCUCUGGACAUGUUAGCUAUGGCUGCAGAAAACAAAGCACUGACUGAAAACUAUGCCAAGCUUGUGCUAGAAAAUGUAAAUUUGCAGCAACAACUUUCAAGUUGUAUAAAAAAGAAAAAAGAAAAAAGUAUUAUAAUAGAAAAAUCCUUUGGUUGUGAAAAGUUAAAUAGUAAAGAGUACCAGUACUACACAGGAUUUUCCAAAGAUCGGUUUGAAGAUAUAUUAAAAUUUCUGGUGCCUAGAGAGGGAGAGGACAUUAUAAAAUGGACAAAAGCUAUAAGUGGAUCUAAGCAGUUAAGUACCAAAGACCAACUGCUUUUGGUGAUGAUCAAAUUGAGACAAAACUUUGACUUUUCACACAUUGCAAAUUUAUUCAAUUUAUCAACACAGGAUUGCAGUGUCAUAUUUUUGAACUGGAUAAAUUAUAUGUUUCACAGACUAGGUUCACUUGUCAUUUGGCCACAUAGAGAUCAAAUCAUUGAACAUAUGCCACCAACUUUUAAACAGGACUUCCCAAAUAGUUUGGUCAUUAUUGAUGGCACAGAAGUUAAAAUUCAGAAACCCAGUUCAUUACAUCGUCAAAGUCAGUGUUAUUCUGAUUACAAAUCAUGCACAACAUUAAAAGGUCUUGUGGGUGUUGACCCAAGAGGAUCAAUAAUCUUUUCAUCAAUGUUAUUUGCUGGUUCAAUAUCUGACAAGGAAAUCACCAAGGAGAGUGGAUUUUAUCGCUUACUGAAGGAUUUAACCAGUAGUGGAAAAGUGAAUGUAGGGGAUGGAGUAAUGGCAGACAAAGGUUUUACGAUUGAAAAAGAAUUGAAAGAAAUUGGUCUGCAACUUAAUAUACCACCUUUUGCUUCAAGUGGAUCGCAGAUGAAAUCUGCAGAUGUAAACGAGACAAUCAAAAUAGCUAAACACCGUGUUCAUGUUGAGAGGGCCAUUGCACGUGUGAAACAAUUUAAAAUUUUAUCUGGAAGGAUAAAUCUAUCUUUAUUCAGUUCAGUGAAUCAAAUUUGGCUUACAUGUUGCUUAUUAACAAAUUUCAUGCCAUUCUUGAUCCAAGAUAAACAAUGAUUAAAGUAAUUAAAAAGAAAUUCCUGAA